AUGGCUCCAUUAGUGAAGCGUAAGCACCGUGAGCACAGCGUUGUGCCGCGCCUCGAUCAGCGUCGAGGUGGUGGCGGUGGUGGCUCGAGUAGGUCGACUCAGUAUACUGUAUCCACUUUCUGUACUAAUAACGACAACCACAAGCUCCCAGACUGGGUCUUCUAUUCGAAUGCCGACAUCAUGCACUACUUCAAAUGCGACGAAGUCGAGCUUCGCAUCCUCAGAGCGCAUCUCAAGGACUUUAUGGAGAGGAACGACUACGACGGCAAGCCCUUCCCCACCACUUGGGAAGAAGACCGAAACAGACCUCACUUUCACGCCCUCUGGAAUCGUAUGGCCGCGCAUAGUGAGGUAUUCGAAGAGAUGCUUAGCGGCGCUCGAUGGGAAGGUAACGAUGAAAAGCCACGAGAUCUUGCAACCAAGAUCUCGAAUUGCAAGAAAAAGCUUGGUUUGCCAUGGAAGAGUACUGCUGCCAGAGCGAGGAAUACUGCUGAGAGAAAGCGCCUUGCUGAUGAGAAGGAGGAGCGUCGAGAGGCUCGUAGAGAGAAAAAGCGUCGAGCACGUCGAGCUGCCAAGGCUAGAGAGAGCUCUUCAGGGCCUGAGAACGAGGCCUACCCUGCAUAUGGUCGCAACACUCCGGUUUCUGGCCACGAAGAACGCCCCUACCCAGCCUAUGGCCGCACCAGCCCGGAGCCAACUUACCUCGAAGAAGGCAUCUGCCCAGACUUCGGCGACAGUACCGCUACUCCAAGCACAGGCCGCCAACGCUUCUUCUCUGCUCGUCCCAGCAUGAGUCGAUCGCUUGGCUCAAGCAGCAAGUCUCGAAGCCCGAGAGCUCCCGUUUACGACCCCGAUAGUGACAUUGAGGAAGUCGACCCUCCUCCUAAGCGCAAACCAAACGUUAUCGUUCUCGACGACUCUCAGCCCAUUCUGGCCUUUAAGAAGGAGGUCGCCGAGACUAUGGACUUGGACGAUCUCGAGGACGGCAAGCCUUUCGCAAAUCUUUCUCUUAAUGGCCAGACUAUUGAUUUGACUGGUCGGGACCAGAACAAGACCUUAUACGAACUCGGGAGAUUCAGCUGGCCUGCCAUAGCCAUUUCCAUCGACCUUGUCCGUACGUUGGCCAGUUUCUCCGCGAGGCGUUCGUCGGCGAAUCGUCGCAGUGAUGUCUCUUGCUCCAAUCAAGUGAGCUCGCGACAGACCUAA